CUCAAGCGGCCGCCAUCGCCCUCGGCGAGCUGCUCCGGCGGCCCGCUUUGCAAGAUGAGCGGAGCGGCGGCAUGGACGGGCGGCGGGUCCGAUGCGCUACUACGUGCACAGGCGGAGCAAUGCAAGCUAGUCGAGACGCGCAACGCCCAAGCCAAACUGUCCAGCAAAUCGGCCGCUCAGCUCACGGCGCAGCAGCUCAGGAUUUCCUCGUACCGAAUGCAAGGGCAUGGUGUCGCCGGUAACCGGGUCCCAGACGUGUACGCGCAGAGCCUGCCGCCGUCGGAUGAAUGUGACGCAAGCAACGCCGCGCUCGUCUCUGCCGCCGGCGACGACGCGCUGCGCGAGGAGCGCCAAGCCAUCCUGUCGCUGCCAGGCGGGGGAGUGCAUGCCCCGACCGACGCGCGUCCCUCCGGUGCGACCGGCGGCGGCAGCCUCGCCGCCGCCGCGCUCCGCUCAUUCUUCGACCUGAUGAUCGAGCCUGAACGAGUCGUCCUCAACGCGGCGGUGCUGCUCGACCCUGCCAAGCCGCAGCCGCCACACGCGGAGCGGCACAGCUACGUCGUGGUGGAGGAGAACGAGUGGCAGCUCCCCCUCGCGGCGAUGACCUUUGCGACGCCGGGGGCGGAGGUGCAGGAGGCGGCCGAGGCGGCGCGGCGGGCGCAAAGCAUCGCGCAGCACGCGGAGGCGGAGGCGGCGAAGGCGAUGAAGAAGGCGCGCGUGAUCCAGCUGCUGCUGCGCGGCGACAUCUUCGACGCGUCGGAGCUGUACCAGUCUGUGCUCAACCCGCAGGCCGGCCUCGGCCGCGUAGGCCACGCGCCGGGCUGGGCGGACGAGCUCUGCUUCUACCUCCGCGACGUCGAGCGCGACACGGUGAUCGCCCUCUUUCCGGGCGUGAUCCCGUCCGUCCCGCUCUCCGCCCUGCAGUCUGGCCAGCUCAAGGGCCCGCUCUCGCACGACGAAGUGUUCCGUCUCCGGCAAAAAUGGCAGGGAGGAAGUGCCCCCUCAGGGGGGGCGUACCCUGCGCGGCCGCCGCCGCCGCCGCCGCCGCCCCCCCCUAGCUACUCCUCCGGCUCCUCUGGUGGGCCGGCAGCCGCCGCAACCAUCCAGGCAGCCGGCGCGGCUGGCGCCAGCGAGAGUGCAAGCGCCGGCGCCAGCCAGUGGCUCACUGCCAGUGCCGACGAGCCCACCCGAGAGGUCCUCCGGCGCCAGGGCAGGCCCGACGCCAGCUCCAGCUCCAGCAGCGCCAGCGCCAGCGCCAGCGCCAGCGCCAGCGCCAGCGCCAGCGCCAGCUCCAGCUCAUGGGACCUCAACCAAGCCAUCGACGCGCAAAAGGCAAGCCUCAAGCAGGAGCAGGAGCAACAGCUCGCUAGCAUCGGAGGCGCUGGCAUCGGAGGGGCGCUGGUCCGAGGGCCGCUGCCGCCGAGCGCGCGCGGCGUCGACCCGGAGCCAUACGUGCCGGCCCCGCCCGAGCUCUUCCCUUGGCCCGCAAACGCGCGGCACGGCAAGCGGCCUCGCGCGUUGCAGUGCGCCCCUGGCGACACCGUCGAUGCGGAGGUGCUCCGGCAGCAGGCGGCGCGCGCACGCGCCGAGGCGGAAAGGGCGCUGGCGCGUGCGCGCGCAGCGCGUGCGGCGCUGCGGCAGCGAGCGGCGGAGCGCGCCACGGAGCGCGCUGCCGGCCCGCCGGGCGCUCCCUCAUCGCUCGCCCCGCAGCCGCCGCCUCGGCCGCCGCCGGCGGAGGUGCCGCCGGCAACCGUGCAGGCGGUCGUCAAAGAGCUGCGAGGCCUAACUUCGAGUCGGCUCGAGGCGGAGAGCCUUCCGGAGCUAUGAGCUAGUCCAUUGACUGAGUCAGCUGAAUGAGUGCGUUCACUGCUCGAGGCGGAGAGCCUUCCGGAGCUAUGAGCUAGUCCAUUGACUGAGUCAGCUGAAUGAGUGCGUUCACUGCUCGAGGCGGAGAGCCUUCCGGAGCUAUGAGCUAGUCCAUUGACUGAGUCAGCUGAAUGAGUGCGUUCACUGCUCGAGGCGGAGAGCCUUCCGGAGCUAUGAGCUAGUCCAUUGACUGAGUCAGCUGAAUGAGUGCGUUCACUGCUCGAGGCGGAGAGCCUUCCGGAGCUAUGAGCUAGUCCAUUGACUGAGUCAGCUGAAUGAGUGCGUUCACUGCUCGAGGCGGAGAGCCUUCCGGAGCUGGCCGUCACCCUGCCCGACGAGUCCAACGUGCUGCGCUGGCGGGUCGAGAUGAGCGUGCCGGCCGGCUGCGCGCUGCGGGACGAGGUCGAGGCUCACGCCGCCGCGUUCCACGUGCGGCCGACGGUUGAGCUCGAGGUGUCUUUCGGCGCGGACUUCCCCUCCUCGCCGCCCUUCUUGCGGGUGGUCGCGCCGCGCUUCGCCUUCCACACGGGCCACGUCACUGUCGGCGGGUCGAUCUGCAUGGAGCUGCUCACGUCGAGCGGGUGGCGCUCCGAGUACACCGUCGAGGCGGCGCUGCUCAUGGUGCGGCAAGCCUUCCUCGACGGCAGCGGCCGGCUCGAUCAAGCAAGGGCGCACGUCCCCUACGACGAGGCGGAGGCGCGGCAGGCUUUCGCCCGCGUCGCGGCGCAACACGGCUGGCGGCCCUGACUUAGAUUGGAGGCGGGGUCCGGCUGUCCGGCCCAUGCUCCGCUCCGCAGGACACAUACAUCCGGGGCACCGCGCGAGAGCAGCGCCGAAGGCCCCACCCGGGGGUUACAAGCGUUGCUCGAGGGGAUUGCGGCACCGGGUCACGGCAGUCGCGAGUCGGCAGACGCGAGACGGUUAAUCCCUGCCGGCACGGUGGAGCGCGACGUUGGUUCAAACUGCACGCGUGUUCACUGUUUUUGUUUUGCCAGUCCGUUUGGCCUUUUUAUAUGUGGGCGGGGUCUCUUGUUUGUAAUGCCAGUGCGCGCCAUCGUGGUGUUAGAAGUAGAGUGUAUCG